CCGCGCGCUCCCUCCCCCGCCCGCUCUGCUAUAACUUGGCCGGCGAGGAGGAGGCGCCGCCGGAGUCGGAGGGCGGGGAGCUCAGAGGAGGGAGCCCGAGAGUUGUGGAGAAGUCGCAGCCCGCUCGGCCGGCGCCUUCCCGCUCGCGGGCUCCGCGCCGGCGCGUCCCUCCCACCCCGCGCUCUCCCGGCCUCGGCGCGGUGGGGCGGCCCGGGGCUGCGCUCGGCCUGCCGGGCGCGCGGGCGGCAUGUGGCGCCUGGUGCCCCCGAAGCUGGGCCGCCUGUCCCGCUCGCUGAAGCUGGUGGCGCUGGGCAGCCUGUUGGUGCUGAUGCUGCUGCACUCGCCGUCGCUGCUCGCCUCCUGGCAGCGCAACGAGCUCACCGACCGGCGCUUCCUGCAGCUCAAUAAGUGCCCGGCUUGCUUCGGCACGAGCUGGUGCCGCCGCUUCCUCAACGGCCAGGUGGGCUUCGAGGCGUGGGGCCGCCUGCGCCUGCUGGACUUCCUCAACGUCAAGAACGUGUACUUCGCACAGUACGGCGAGCCCCGCGAGGGCGGCCGCCGCCGCGUGGUGCUCAAGCGCCUGGGCUCGCAGCGCGAGCUGGCGCAGCUCGACCAGAGCAUCUGCAAGCGGGCCACCGGCCGGCCGCGCUGCGACCUGCUGCAGGCCAUGCCCCGCACCGAGUUCGCGCGUCUCAACGGCGACGUGCGGCUGCUCACGCCCGAGGCGGUGGAGGGCUGGUCCGACCUGGUGCACUGCCCGUCGCAGCGCCUGCUGGACCGCCUGGUGCGCCGCUACGCCGAGACCAAGGACUCGGGCAGCUUCCUGCUGCGCAACCUCAAGGACUCGGAGCGCAUGCAGCUGCUGCUCACGCUGGCCUUCAACCCCGAGCCGCUGGUGCUACAGAGUUUCCCAUCUGAUGAAGGUUGGCCAUUUGCAAAAUAUCUUGGAGCUUGUGGAAGAAUGGUGGCUGUAAACUACGUUGGAGAGGAGCUGUGGAGUUACUUUAAUGCACCUUGGGAGAAAAGAGUGGACCUGGCGUGGCAGCUAAUGGAAAUAGCAGAACAGCUUACAAACAAUGACUUUGAAUUUGCACUCUACCUCCUGGAUGUCAGCUUUGACAAUUUUGCAGUUGGUCCUCGAGAUGGGAAAGUAAUCAUUGUGGAUGCAGAAAAUGUCUUAGUUGCUGACAAAAGGUUAAUUAGACAAAAUAAACCUGAAAACUGGGAUGUAUGGUAUGAAAGCAAAUUUGAUGAUUGUGAUAAGGAGGCUUGCUUAUCAUUUUCAAAAGAGAUUCUCUGUGCUCGUGUCACUGUGGACCACAAUUAUUAUGCUGUUUGUCAGAACCUCUUAUCUAGACAUGCCACCUGGCGUGGCACUUCCGGAGGGCUCCUUCAUGAUCCACCAAGUGAAAUUGCCAAAGAUGGCCGACUGGAGGCCUUGCUGGAUGAGUGCGCCAAUCCCAAGAAGCGCUACGGUAGAUUCCAGGCUGCAAAAGAACUGCGCGAGUAUCUAGCACAAUUGAGUAACAAUGUGAGGUAGUCUAUGCUGACUUUUUUUUUUUUUUCCACUGAAAUCGCACUGGCAAAACUAAACCACCAAAAGCUAUCUGGAAAGACAAAAUUUGGAAGUACUACAUUCAGAGGAUAAUGAUCUUGUGCUGAUAGAUCUCACAUUCACAUCCAUCAAAACAAGACAUUACUGUACUUCAAAGUUCACAUGAUGCUUCUGCAUAUAAGUAUGUUCUUGUACUUUGGAGACUUGAGAUAGCAUUGACUGCUUUCCCCCUUCCCGUGCCUGAGCAGAUUGACGAUAUGUUAUGCUAUCGGAAAGGAGUCUGAUAGUUACAUGGCUGUGUAUCAAAGGGUACUUGGAACUUAGUUUGCAUUGCUAUCAUGAUUUUGUGAAUCUCUUGCAUUUACUUUGAAUGUCAAGUUAGAUUGGCCUGUUUUAUAGGCCACCUUUUCCUUCAGAUGUGUAGAAUCAUUUUCCAUUUAAAAAAUUUUACACAUUCAGGUUACUGUAGAUGUUUGCUUAAAUUUUAAUAUAACUAGUUUUCAUUCAGUGCUAUGCGGUACAUAUUUACCGUUAGGGCAGGAUUCCCAAGUUUUCUGUGUUUUUACAAAAAGAUGAGUAUUUCAUUAUGUAAAUAAUUUAUCCCCCCACCUUCUGUGUUUCUCCAUUGCAUGAUAUCAUUUCCAGUUAUUUAAAAGUUGUAUCCCUCAGUGCUUACACGUAUACACUGAACACGAGGUUCAGCAUAUGCUGCAAAACGUCACUGCAUCUUUUGCUGAAAGGCUUUAAAAAGAGCAUUCUAGUAGUCUACACUCCGAUGGUAAUUUUGGCUGACAAAACAAUAUAACUCAAUAUUUUUUAAAUGCUAACUAGUCCAAGACAGUAAUGCAUAUGCCAAAGAAAUACUACACAUAGUCCUCUAUUUAGAAUUGAAAAUAGAAUUGAUCACCUUCCUAUUCUACUUCAGUACUUUGGCUGUCAUUAUUAAAUUAAAAUGUACCUGUUUAUCUGUUAAUCUUGACUACUGCUUUCAAAACUGUGUAAUGUAAAGAUAUUCUGCUCUUUAUUCACUGAUAGUUUCCCAAAGUUAACAUGGUAACCAUUGUUGGAAUUUGAUCAGGCACCAGGACCUUUUACUCAUUGAUAGCUAAUAAUUUUUCCUGUAAAGCAGUUAGCUAGUCUGCCUACCAGGGCUUGCUGAACAUCAGAGCAUCAAAUUUAAGUAUGUGAAUAAAAAUUAACAAAUGUUGUAAAAUUUGUGGUCUAUUUAAAAAUCUUUAUAUGUAAAGUUCGCUAUCACUAGCACAGGCAAUAUUUUUCUGUUAGAAAUUGCUACUUUUGUUUGCAGUAGUGUUUGGGGUAGCGUGCAGUAGUUAGUUCUACACUGACCUUAUCUAAAUCAGAAAGUGAUUAAAACAUGCACAACCAAAGCCAAGUCUGUCCCUUUCAUCCAUUCAGCAAGUAUUUAUUGAGCAUCAACUCUGUGCCAGGCACAUUAGUAGCUGCUAUAUACCAUCUGGACAUGUCAUGGUUAGGUAACUUUAUUAAAUAAUUAGGUAUUUCUUAGGUUCAAGUAGCAUUAAUUAGGAUGACACUUUGAAACUUUGUCAUUAUUAUGAUAAUUCUAUUUGUAUCAUCUUAAAUUAGUUUGUUUUACAAAGGAGGAGGACGAUGCCAGUACAGUUAAUCUGAGUUUAAUAGCUGGAAGGAAAAGAGUAAUAGGUCUCCAUUAUAAAAUAGAUUGCUUUAUGUUCAUUUUUAUACAUCAGUAUAUUGCAUAGCUCUCUGAAACAUUUUAAGUGCUGAAGAUUUUGCUAAGCCUAACUUUCUACAACUUUGGAAAAUUUUUGAGGAGAGUAUUAAAAAUAUAUAUAUAUCACUCUUCCAGCACUCACUUGCUGCUUACUCAAAGCUACAAUAAAAAGAUAAUUUCAAAACAACGCCUUUUAUAUUUCCUGUGUGUUCAUAACAAACCAUCCACUGGCACUCACAGAGGAGCCCUGUGGUUUAGCAAAAAUCAUCUUAUGUUUGGGUGUGUGAUUGUGGCUGGCAAUUGCAGAAGAGGAAGUGAGGAUUGAUGGCUGCUUCGGGUAUAACUACCAUUCCCCUGAGAGAUGAUGUGGAAUUUCUUUUACCUUUGGAGAAGACUGAGGAAACACUAGUAAAAGAAUUAGGAAUUUAAAAUUACAGGGAAAAAUACAUAUGUGAAAAGCAAUAAAUAUUUUGUUCACUUUGCUAUCAAGAUGUUCACUAUCAGAUAUUUAUUAUACAGCAGCGAUUUAUAUUUUUAAUCAUUGCCCAUUAAUAGACGCAGUAAAAUAUUUUUGAAUCAAACAUUUGGGGUUUGUAUGUGCAUUAAAAUUGUCUUUUGUACUGUAAGUUACCGUUUAAUUUGAAUAUUUUAUCAGAACUGUCUCCCUGUGCCUUUAUAAUAUAAAGUUGUUUCUGCAACUUUUAAUGAUCUUAAUAAAGAAUACUUUAAGAACCAUA